GCCAGUUGUUGAUUCUACGCUGCAAAGAGAAGGCGCCGUGCAGAGAGUGUAAGGGACUGCUGUCAGGGAAGAAGUGGCCUUUGAUGAUGGAGAGCCAGCCGGGUCAGGACUAGCCCAGACUGAAGGAUCUGCAGUGGAGGUGGAGGAGAGAAAGAAGACUGAAGUAAACCACAUGACCACACCCUGGAAAGGCUCCAAAUUAGUGAUGUUCCCCUUGGGCAGGGAUUACCUCCUCCCUGCCGUCUCCCUCUCCAUCUCUCCACUUCUUCCUCCCUCCUACGGCAGAGCAGCCGCCUAGCUCCAAGACUCUGAGCUGCGAGAGCUCGCUGUGCUCACCCUCCCAUAAACACAAAUUCAAACACGCACUUGCUGUCUCUCUCUCUCUCUCGCACACACACACACACACACACAUACACAUACACACAGAGACAGUUGCAUCCUGCUCAUGGUCGUUGGCCUGCCCUCCUCAGCUGCUGCUCCUGCUCUAAUCCCAGACCAUGAAGAGGCCCAAGCAGCAGACAGGGCCGCUGAGCUUCCUGAACUUCUUCAGCAGAAAGCCCAAAUCGGAGCCGAGGCCCGAGAGGCCUGUGGAAGCCUGGCCCAAAGAGGAGGUGGCCAUCACCUUGACCCCCAGCGAGCAUCCAGAGCAGGUGAGGGACCUCAGCCUCACAGCAGAAGAGGCUGGAGAAUCAAGAGUUUCUGGAGCAGAAAGAGGAGAAGGCGGAGGUCCGCCAGCAGCGGCUGAGGUGGCCGAGGACGGUGCCGCCACGGCCGAAUGCGUGGGCGGGGUCAGUAGCGGCUCCACUGGCGUCCUGUCCCUCUCCUCCUCCAGCCAGGAGCAGCUAUUGGACGAACACCUGGAGGAGUGCCCACUGUGCCUGCUCAGUCAACCGCGUUGCCACUUCCCACGACUCACCUCCUGCUCUCACCGGGCAUGCUCUGACUGUCUCCGCCAGUACCUGCGCAUUGAGAUUUCAGAGAGUCGGGUGGGCAUCGCAUGCCCGCAGUGCCCUGAGACACUGGCACCACUGGAUGUCCGUGCCAUCCUGGAUGACCGGGCACUGCUGGAGCGGUUCGAGGAAUAUCAGCUGAGGCGUUUUCUAGCUGCUGAUCCAGAUACACGCUGGUGCCCUGCGCCUGACUGCAGCUAUGCAGUGAUAGCUUACGGCUGUGCAGAAUGUCCCAAGCUGAGCUGUGGCCGGGAGGGAUGUGACACAGAGUUCUGCUACCACUGCCGGCAGCUGUGGCACCCCAACCAGACGUGUGACCAGGCCCGGCGUCAGCGAGCCCGCCACACCUCAGGCGGCAAUGAUGCCUCCACGCUGUACGUCUUCAAUGAAGAACCUGGAGGAGAUGCAGAGGAGAUCAAAGCGUGCCCUCGCUGUGGUGCCUACAUCAUGAAGACCAAUGAUGGCAGCUGUAACCGUAUGAACUGCACUGUGUGUGCCUGUCAGUUCUGCUGGCUGUGUAUGCAGGAGAUCACCGACGUGCACUACCUCAGUCCCUCAGGAUGUACAUUCUGGGGGAAGAAGCCAUGGUCGCAAACCCGCAAGGUACUGUGGCAGGUGGGCAUGUUGCUCGGAGCACCGGUGGUCAUCUCCCUUAUAGCGGGCAUCGCCAUCCCAGUCAUCAUUGUGGGCAUACCAAUCUACAUGGGCCGAAAGGUCCAUGGUCGCUGUAAGAAAAACAAUAUCUCAGGAAGUAAACACUACUUGACUGUGGCAAGUGGGGUGAUGAUGUCAGUCUUUGUGUCGCCGGUUAUAGCAGCUGUGACUGUGGGUGUGGGUGUACCGCUAAUGCUGACUUAUGUCUAUGGGGUCGUCCCUAUGUCGCUCUGUAGGAACGGUUGGUGUCGACCGCAGAGUGAGCCCCCUGAAACACACAAAAUCCAACUGGAGGACUUAGCCAGCUUCAGUGACCACUGGACGGGUCAGAACAACCCAACGCUCAGCGACACCAGCGUCCAGGAAGUUAGAGUCAGUGUACAGGAAGUGGGCGUCCUACCAAGUACGAGCACCACACCCCCAGAGCUAGAUAGCUAUGUGGGAUUGGAUGAAGCCACAAAACGCCAUGAAUAUACCCAGCAGGACAGCCCAUCAGACUGUGAGGUGGUUAUUGUGCCUGACAGCAAUCUCGACGACACACAAGCUCUGAGGGAAGGAACCAAUAUUGAGGUCCGGGUGGAAAUUGAGACCCAUCCCAGAGGCGCCCGGCAGUCCAGCUUAAGUAGCAUCCUGUCUAGCCGAAGCUUGUCAGUGGAGUCCCUGGGACACUCGCAGUCCCAGUCCCAAGACUACUUGUGUGCCUCAGAACUGGAAGAAAGACAAGAGGGGGGUGGAGGAAAAGGAGAAGAGCAGGAGGGGAGAGAGAAACCAGGAGGGGAAGCAGCAGGAGGAGACGAAGGGACACAAGUCUUUGAAAUAGAUGGUGUAUGAGCUCCUCCAAUGCAGGCUUUGUACUUGGUUGAAGAUUUAGUCAGGUUUUAUGGAAAUAAACAAAUCCAUGAGCUGACACGUCACUGGAUUGACCUGAAAAUCGUUGGCCAAGGCCACCUCCUGCUUCCAAGACGGGCCCUCCCACCAGAUGCCUUCUAGCUGCAGCCUCUAAGGAAGAAGCGGGUUUAGAGAAAGCGAAUGAAAAAGAUGAGUGUGUGUGAGAGUGUGUCUGUGUGUGUGUGAGACAAAUAGCAUGAGACUAUGACAUAAAAACUGGAGGGGGAUAAACUGUAAAGCAGACAGGAUAGCACCCAUCAGUGAACCUAAAACAGAAGUGACUGAGAGCAUGUUAGCCCACUAGUUCAGUCUGUUUUUUUUCUCUGUGGUCCUUUCUGAAUAGACUACCUUAUUCCUCCCUCUAUUAUAAAUCUACUUCUUGAAGCCCUCUGGCGGUACUCUUCUUUUAGUGACCUCACCUCUCUCUUCCCUCUCCUUUACAAAUAAAAAAACCCUCACAAGCAUGAUUUGUUUUAUGGGGAAUUAAGAAUCUUAACAACUGUCUUGUCAAUGAAUAAUUAUCAAACACUUCCCAAGCCAUGCUGCAAGACAGUAAGAUGAUUUGUUUUUUUGUUAACCUUAAAGAAUAUCUCCUGAAUUUUCGGAUGCAGUGUUCACACCCGAAUUGGGCAACCUUUGGCAAAGCGACGCAUGCUGCACUGUUCAGUUACUCUUUUGUGAAAGAGGUCCAGCUGAAAGUGACAUCUGGAAACUGUUCAAGCCUGUAACUGUUGUUCUCUACUGGACUCAAAGAUGCUCUGUGACAUUGUGGCAGUGAUUGUUUGAACUAACCAGAGGGCUUAUAAAUACCAUGCAUUAUAACGACUAAUCACCGAUCCACUGUCUUCCAUGGAAGCAGAUAAGAGGCAAUGCCACUUUUGCAUUGUUAGUGCAGCUUUCAGCCUUGAAGAGGCUAUUUCCUUCUAAACUGAAGAGUGUGACAUUGCUUUAGGUUGUAAAAACGCUCAUCCUAAUGCACAUACUUGCAUUAGCAACAACAACGUGGCAGCAACACUCUGGAGAGUCUCAACUUUUAAAAUAGCUGCAUGAUUAUACUACUCGCUGUGUAUGCAGGAUAACACAUAUACGUACACACACGCAGGACUUACAUAUUCACAUACACAGUCACACACACACAUGCCGACACGCACAGCAGUCAGUGUAGUUGCAGUAGUUGUGCACUGCUGAGAACAUUAAAUGUAAACUGAAGACCCUCUCAAGUGAUCACAGAGCACCAAAAUUACAACAGCAGCAUGCCACCUCAGGCUAAACUGUAAUAACCCCUUCUAGAUGAUUUAUGACAAAUACGUGACUAUACAUGCACUGCUUAGCUUCCUGAGUGUGAAAUACUUGUGAGAGAUGAACGCAGACCUGACGUGAUAAACCUGUGCUGGGUUGUGGAGAGAAAUUAAAUAAAGAUUUCACCAUGAAGGACAAAAACACAAUGCAUGUUUUGUAUGUGUCGGAAAAUAAAUUUU